GAUCUAUGUAUAUGGAAACAAUAUUUUCAUUCAUUUUCCAACAAUUUUUGAUAUGAAUAUUUUGUUUUCACACUUUCUUUGCUUCCUCAUUAGUAUAACAGAAUGCUGUAUGAGAACUAUUCCACCGGAUGAUGUCUAUAUUUCAAGUACAUUACCAUUUGAGGAGACUACUACGGAAAUGAUGACAACAAUGGAAACAUCCACCAUGACAGAAAAAGUGUGUCCGGAGAUGCCAGCCACCACGUGUAUGGACUUGAUAAAACUUGGAGCAAAAUUGGAAUUAGCUGAAGUAGACGGAUGCCAAGUGGUACAGUGCACUGGUGGCCAAAUUCCGCGGCUGAUUACCAGAAAUUCGGUUUUUUCACCGAAACUAUAUGCUGGGUUGAGUGAUGCGACAAUUGUUUUUCCCGUACCUCCGACGACAUUGGCCGGAUUCGGUGGAAAAAGUUUUUUCGACUAUUAUGGCCUUAUUUGUGACACUUUUAAUGGUAAUUUCUACUGGACAAUGACAAAAUAUCCGGAUGGGCUCAUCGAUUUGGGCGGGGGACAGCCGAUUCUAGGCUCAGAUGGUUCAUAUGACGGGAAGCAAGCUCCGAUUGAGCAGGUUGAUUGCCAAGAGCCAAAGUAGACACGGAUUGAUUGUGGCAACUGUUUAAUAAAAUGUUUAUUCGAAAAAUAGAGAUAUUUUGAAGAGUUUUAAGAUAUAUAUAGAAUCAAAAAAUAAAUAUCUAAUUGAUA